GUCACCCGAAUCCCUGUGUGCAUGGAAGAUGUUAUUCAAGUCCUGAAGACUACGUGUGCAUUUGUGACCAAUCAUUCUCGGGGAAGAACUGUGACAUCAGUACGUCAGCAGUGACGACAAUAACGCCAAUUCAAUCUCCAUGCAACCCAAAUCCGUGUAGUAAUGGUCAAUGUUAUAACGGCGAAACGGGCUACAUGUGCGUAUGCGAUCCCACCUUCUCCGGUAAAAACUGUGAUUUUGCUAUAACCACGUUACAAACAACCACAACUGCCAUGCCAGUAGCUACAGUGAUGUAUUGCCACUUUAGUUUAGACCUAUGUGGAUGGACACAAUCAGACAAGGACGAUUUUGAUUGGACUCGACAUCGAGGGACCACUUCAUCCCAUGGCACAGGGCCCGACGGCGACCACACGGACGCACAAGGACAGGGGUAUUACCUCUACACAGAGUCGUCUUCUCCAAGACACCCAAGCGACACAGCGGACCUUAUCUCUCCGGAGCUUCCAGCUAACACAGCCGUCUGUCUCAAAAUGUUCACGAACAUGUACGGUAUGACCGUCGGCUCUAUAGACGUUUUGGCCAGGGGCAGCAGUGAGCCAAACUCAAAUCAGUUGAUUGCACACUUCAUCCAUGCAACUCCAAUGCCAGUUUGGGUAGAGCGUACUGUCAACAUCCCGGCACAGCCAUCCACAUUUAACGUCAUCAUCCGUGGCACGCAAGGCACAGGUUUUCAAGGCGACGCAGCAAUUGAUGACAUCAUCAUCUACGAGGGACAGUGCUAGUCGUUUUAAUGAUCUCUU